CCGUAAUCGAAGAGAAUGAGUAUGUCCCGGUUAAUUCUAAAGCCGAUGCUUGCAUAAUCUUAUUAUCGACGGGGAGACCAUCGGGCGCAAGAUGCCGUCGCUUGGCCGUAGGGGAUGCUGGACAUCUUGGUGCCAAGUUAUCCUUUUCGGUGUGUCAGCGAUCGUUAUCCUGGCCGAGAGAACCGCAUUGAUCUACUGCUUUGUGUACUAUCUGUGGUUUGGCCACACCCUGUGGGCGGCACUGACCCUGGGCCUUGCUCUGCCGGGGAUGGCUGUCCAGGUUCUGAGCUUCCUGUGGUACCAUGCUGACGGAGACCAGCGAAAAUGCUUCCUCUCACUCAUACACCUGCUGCACCUGGGCAUCUUCAAAAGGUUUGGCGAAUGCAUGUCGUCCGUGUGGCACAUGCACGGCUCCGCGGGCGAACUGGGCGCUGCGGUGAUGCAGCAAGCCGACGUGUCCGCCCUCCGCCUGAUAGAGGCGCUGUUGCUCACCCUUCCACAGACCCUGCUGCAAACGUACAUUCUUGUCACCACUGAUGUGGGCCUGCUGUCACCGGUGUCUUUUUGUUGUGGCCUCUGCCUGCUGUCCUUGUCCUGGGCGCUGGUGCUGUACAGCCGGGCGUGCUGCUUGAUCCGCCCCGGGCACCUGGCAAUGCCGCCCGCUGCCCUGCUCUGCCAGCUGCUCUGGCGGGCGGGCAUGCUGGGGGCCAGGAUCUCCAGCCUCAUGUUCUUCGCCAGGAUCUUCCGCUGGUGGGUCUACGGAGUCGUAGGUUUCCACUGGCUGACCGCCUCCUUCUGGCUGGUCUCUCAGCAAACUGACAUCUGCAUCAGCCCCUGGCGGUGGCGUCUCUUCAACUGCAUGCUGGGAGCCGUGCAUGUCUUCCUCUUCCUCAACGUGAAAGACGGCCCCUCGCGGUUCCGGAUGGCUGGCUUCUACGUGGUCAUGCUGUUGGAGAACGCCACCCUCCUGCUCUCAGCCUCAGACUUCCUCAGUGAGGCAUCAUGGGAUAGCAUGAGCUUUCCUACCGCUGUGCUCUGCAGUUAUCUCCUGGGUACAACCUCGCUGGUCCUGUACUACCGCUUCCUGCACCCCAAAUCCACAGAGAUCUCCCAGAGCCUGCGUCAUGGCCACAUGAGCGGCGCCUGCUUAGAGAGGGGGGAGUCCUCGUUCUCGCUGGGCGACAAGACCAUGCCCGUGCCUCCAGACCACGUCCACGGCAACCUCUCCCUCCCGGGCCUGGCCGGCUCCUUGGCGGAACAUUCUGGGAGCUGCGGCGCGAAGCCCAGCGGGGAGUGCCGGCACCACCACUGGCUGCUGAUCCGUCUGGCGCUCAAGACGGGCGACCUGGCCAAGAUCAACCUGGCCUACGGCGCCGGCGGGGUGGCGGCCAUGCUGGACGUGGAGGAGUGCAACCCGGAGAUCAAGGACAGGGGGAUCCCCUCGCCGGAGACGGAGGAGAAGCAGCCCGUGGCGCCCCUCUCCGACUGCAAGGAGGACUUCCAGAGCAUCAGCGACGUCACCUCCCCAGGGGACCGGCGGGAGGACGAGGAGGAGGACGACAGCCUAGAGAUGGAGAGCCCCCUGGAGUCCCCCGCGGCCGAGUUCAAGCGGGGCUCGCCGGAGGGCAAGUCUGUGCUGGGGGACAGCCCCGAGCCCAACUUCUGCCCCACCGAGUCAAGCUCCACGCUGUACUUCAGCGCCGACCCUCAGUCUCCCAGCAGCGCCAGCAACCCCGGCCUGGACAGGGAUCCGGUGGCAGAGAACCUGGCGGAGCUCAGCCCCAUCUCAGGUGACGCAGGACUGCACGGGGACAUCAGGGGAAUGCUGAGCAGGGCCGAGCCACGCUACACAUCCACCCCGAAGCUGGACUCGGGGGCAGCAGAGCCCCCAGUUCCCACUUUUGGGGGCCCCAGAAGGCAGCUAAUGCCACCCAUGAGGGAGGAGGAUGGGAGGUUUUGAAAUACGGCGGUGGAAAGGAGCGUAUUCACAGCUUCAGACAGCAAGUACAUGAAGCCAGGCUAAAAAAGCACAACCGUCCCACGUGUCUGGGAAUGUGUUCUCUAUAUCUGUCUUUGGUUUCACAAAGCAUUUUGUCCUCCACUGUCUCCAAAGAU